GUUACAUAAUAACGACAUUAAACACAAAGUAUGAGUCAAAACCUAUUUUUUAUAACAUCACUCAGAUUUAGCAUGAAUCAACGAAGCAAGUGGAGGAUUGGGAAAACAAGCCUUCAAAUAGAGAAUGGAAAUAUUCCCUGUACGUUAAAUUUUGUGUGCACAGUUGUUGGUUUUCUGUACAGAAAACGAAGCAAUGUUGAAGAAUUUGACAGACUGCUGCUGGCUAAUUAGCUAGCUCAACCACAGGAUGGCUAGGCAGCCCACAUCUGGAAUUACCAUACACAUCUAGGAUGUGUAAAGGAGCGUACCGUGAUAAAGUACAUACCAGCUACAGCCCAGGAGUACUCGUGUAUUUACAUGCAAGGCUUGCUCAUGGAAAAUAAGGUUCGACUACUAGCCGGUCCGUUUAGCAGAGUAGCUCCGCUGCCGCUGUAAGCUAAGGUUAGCUAACAGGGUAACAAAGCAGCCAGUGGGGGCUCAUCUUUGUGUUGCAUUCGCUGACCUUUAUCGAGCAACCGGCGUGUGUUUUUAUGACUCAAUUUCACAGCCUUACCGGACUUCCAGGAUGUUUUCUAAUUUGCACAUGAUUUCUUGUUCGUCAGUCAUGGUGAAGAAAUCCCAGUAGUGGUCGCCCAGCUGGUGCUGUCUUGUCGGCCGGUGGUCUCACUGUUGAUAUAAAAAACAAUAGUCGGCGUGACUGUGCACACGAGCGCGCUCCCGCAAGGUGAAGCUGGAGCUGCGUGUGACGUGUGCGGCGGGCCAGGAAGUAGUCUGCCCCCACAGAACGUAAACUGUAAAAACAAAAAAUAGUAAGUAACGUGUAACUACUCAAUUUAAAUACUAUAUUGUAAGCAGGGGCGUCGUAAAGGGGGGGAUGUUUGGACAAUUCCAAGGGUCCCUGACUGACAGGGGCCCCAAUAAAUAGGUAAAGUAAUGCGAUCUGGUUAUGAUUUUUUUUUAAAUACAAUCAAAUAAUGAUUAUAACAAUCUCUUGUAUUUGGUAGUAACAGUUAAAUAUUCACAUUGGCCAAAUCCAUAUUGACUGACACCCCCCAAUACAUUGAUUGCUACAUGAAAUGGUUUGGUCCAGUACCUACAAAGUACUUAUAGCUGCAGCUUGGUGCCUAUCAGGCUGGGGUGUAGUUGGGAAUUACCAGGGCCCAAGGUGAUUUUUUUUCAUGGGACCCAGAAUUCCUGGCGGCACCCCUGAUGGCAGAGUCCAACUCUGACUGGAAACAAGUCCGACUUAUUGCCAACAACCAACCACCACAAAUACUGUUGAUUGCAGUCCGAGUGGAAACACUAAUCACAAUAUAGAAAUGUAAUAAUAUAAUAUCAACGAUGUAAAAAUAUGAACAACACAAGUUCGGAAAUAUAUCAAUUUCAUCACACUCAUAUCAAUCCGAUACUGAUACUGCAAUCAUUUUGCAAUGAAACUGGAACCCACUAUGACCUGGACCCUAGUAUGACAUAAAACCGUGAUCCAAGACAAGUGACGCACAGCCAAAACCCGACGAGGAGAAGUGAUCUCAUAUGAAGGCUGCUUUCAGCAACGUGUGGGCCCCAGGCUGCCUUUGGAUUAAAUUGGAGAGAAAGAAAAGGCGACAAGCCGUUACUCAGAAGAAUCAUUUCACGACAGACUACACAAAACAAAGAGAAAUGUCAACUUCCCCAUCAACCUCUUGUGAUUGGAUGCUCCUGAUUGAACAGAAGAAUAUAAAUGUUCGAGUUACGAGCAUGGACGCUGAGCUGGAGUUUGCCAUCCUGCCCAGCACCACCGGCAAACAGCUUUUCGAUCAGAUAGUGAAGACAAUCGGGCUGAGGGAAACGUGGUUCUUCGGUCUGCAGUAUCAUGACAGUAAAGGAUUCUCCACCUGGCUAAAGCUCAACAAGAGGGUGACUGCUCAAGAUGUGAAAAGAAACAACCCUUUGUUGAUUAAGUUCAGGGCCAAGUUUUACCCUGAGGAUGUUGCAGAGGAACUCAUCCAGGAGGCAACGCAGCAUCUUUUCUUUCUGCAGGUAAAAGAAAGCAUCCUAAACGAUGAUAUCUACUGUCCACCUGAGACCGCCGUGCUGUUGGCCUCUUAUUCGGUUCAGGUCAAACAUGGAGACUUCAGGAAAGAUUACCAUGUACCAGGCUACCUAACAAGAGAGAAGCUCUUGCCCCAAAGGGUUUUAGAGCAGCACAAACUGAAUAAGAAUGAGUGGGAGGAAAGAAUCCAAGUGUGGCAUCAAGAGCACAAGGGAAUGCUGAGGGAGGACGCCAUAGUGGAGUACUUGAAGAUAGCCCAGGAUCUGGAGAUGUAUGGGAUCAACUACUUCAGCAUCAAGAACAAGAAAGGAACAGAGCUCUGGUUAGGAGUGGAUUCCUUGGGCCUCAACAUAUAUGACAAAAAGGACAAGUUGACCCCAAAGAUCGGCUUCCCCUGGAGUGAGAUCAGAAAUAUUUCCUUCAAUGACAAGAAGUUUGUCAUUAAACCAAUUGACAAGAAGUCUCCGGACUUUGUUUUCUAUGUGCCUCGUCUUCGCAUCAACAAACGCAUCCUGGCGCUGUGCAUGGGCAACCAUGACUUGUACAUGCGCAGACGAAAACCUGACACCAUCGAGGUGCAGCAGAUGAAGGCCCAAGCCAAAGAGGAGAAGAACAAGAGACAGAUGGAAAGGGCUCUGCUCGAGAGUGAGAAAAAAAAGCGUGAAAAUGCCGAGAAGGAAACGGAGAAGAUUGCUCGUGAGACCAUGGAGUUGAUGGAGAGAUUGCGACAGAUUGAAGAGCAGACAAAGAGAGCUCAAGAUGAGCUGGAGGAACAGACUCGCAGGGCUCUCGAGUUGGAGAAGGAGAGGACGCUGGCACAAGAGGAAGCCGAGAACCUGGACAACGACCACAGAGCUGCCAUGCAGGCUAAAGCAGCCCUGCUACAACAUUCCCAGUCCGAGAUGAGAAGCCAGGAAGAGCUGGCCACUGAGCUGGCAGAGCUUACAACGAAAAUCUCCCAGCUGGAAGAUGCCAAAAAGAAAAAGGACGAGGAGGCAAUGCGAUGGCAGAAAAGGGCGAUGAUGGUGGAAGCUGAUCUGGAGAGAACCAAAGAGGAGCUGAAGAUGAAAAUAAUGGGUAUCCACAUCCAGGAUUCGCUUCACCUUCACAUGCAUGACCACGAUGAGACCGAUGAGAGCAGCGCUGAAGCAAGCGCUGAGUUGAUGUCUCCAGGCAUGGUCCGUGAUCGCAGUGAAGAGGAAAGAGUAACAGAAGCCCAAAAGAACCAGAGACUGCAGAAGAACUUGAAGUUCCUGAGCACCGAGCUGGCUCAAGCUGUAGAUGAGAGUAAAAAGACCCUCAAUGACCUGAUCCACGCUGAGAAUGUGAAGGCGGGCCGUGACAAAUACAAGACCCUACGUCAGAUUCGUCAGGGCAACACCAAGCAGCGCAUUGAUGAAUUUGAGUCCAUGUGAGAAGAAUCCGCUGUGUAUGGACGGUAUAAAAACAGAUCUCUAAUUGAAUUAGAUCAAAUAGAUAGAUUAUUAGUCAUGUAAGAGAUUGAUGAAAAGCAUGAACACAACAACAAAUAAUAUCCAGGCAUAUCCAUUAUACGUACAAUUUAAUAUCCUUGAUUUUCUGAUAGUAUUAGUCAAAAUUCAGCAUUAUUAUCUCAUUAAAGGCGGAAUUUCUGACACAUUUAUGUUAUCAAUGUAGUUUUCUUAUCCUGAAAUGGCCGAAGGUAAACCUUGGAGCAGCCACAAAAUUCAAAUUUCCAUUUUCUUUAUCACCAUUAAAAUGCACCGAGACCUCAUGUGUUUAUUGAGGGUGCAUCACAGUUUCCAUAAGAACAGGUUUGCAUCACCUUUGAUGUGCCAAUUAAUGUGUGUCACCAAAAUGAAAAGUGAAAAUUAUCACCUUUGAAGAGAUGCUUGUUAUUGUUAAUAUAAAACAUAAUACAUAACUUUUUCUGUCAUUGUUGUAGUAAAACUCUAGGAUGCACGUGUUCAUAAUCAUUUUCCAAACUAUUGGUCCAAAGUUGUCUUAUUUUGAAGGCAGGAAGUGUGUUGUGUGGGUCGAGGAGGAGACGGACAAUGCAAAUGAAUAAACUAGCCCGAUAUCGCCCAUCCUUUCUUUACACCAAACAUCCACAUCAGCAUUUGCUGACCUCCAUUGUGGCUCCACAUAAUAUUUGCUUGUCUGUUGACAAUAAGGUGCUAAUAACUCAUAAAAUAAAGUCAA